AGGGGGCGGAGAGGAGGGGCCGCGGCCGGCGGGUCGGGGGGCGGUGUCCCCUCUCAAAAACGCCUGCAAAGUGCUCCGGGCGGCAGAGCAGGCCGCGGGCUCUGCGGAGCAAGCCGCUCUCCCUGGGGCUGAACGAGGGCGCGGGGCUGCCCAGCAGCACCGCGUUUGCUGGUGGGCGCCUGGUGCCCUCAGCGCGGGGCUCCGGCUCACCAUGCCCCUGCGGGGCCGGGCCGCGGGGCACAAGCGAAUUCCCGGUUUGCCCCCGCCUCAGCGCGCUCGGGUUAGCGGCAGCCGGCGCCUAGGGAUUUGAAUCUGGACCCCAGGAGGGAGCGCUUCUACGCCGACCUCGGAGCGGCGGUCCCGCGGCCAACAUGCUUCGCAAAGGGUCCUGUGUGGAGCUGCUGCUGCUGCUGCUGGCCGGGGAGCUGCCCCUGGGUGGCGGCUGCCCGCGGGACUGCGUGUGCUACCCAGCGCCCAUGACAGUCAGCUGUCAGGCGCACAACUUUGCCGCCAUCCCCGAGGGCAUCCCGGAGAACAGCGAGCGCAUCUUCCUGCAGAACAACCGCAUCACCGUUCUCCAGCAGGGCCACUUCAGCCCUGCCAUGGUCACCCUGUGGAUCUACUCCAACAACAUCACCUUCAUCGACCCCAACACCUUCGAGGGGUUCGUGCACCUGGAGGAGCUGGACCUUGGCGACAACCGGCAGCUGCGGACGCUGGCGCCGGAGACCUUCCAGGGCCUGGUGAAGCUCCACGCCCUCUACCUCUAUAAGUGCGGGCUCAGUGCCCUGCCCGCGGGCAUCUUUGGAGGCCUGCACAGCCUGCAGUACCUCUACCUGCAGGACAACCACAUCGAGUACCUCCAGGACGACAUCUUUGUGGACCUGGUCAACCUCAGCCACCUGUUUCUCCAUGGCAACAGGCUGUGGAGCCUGGGUCAGGGCACCUUCCGGGGCCUGGUGAACCUGGACCGGCUGCUGCUGCACGAGAACCAGCUGCAGUGGGUCCACCACAAGGCUUUCCAGGACCUCCGCCGGCUCACCACCCUCUUCCUCUUCAACAACAGCCUCUCCGAGCUGCAGGGCGACUGCCUGGCCCCACUGGGGGCCUUGGAGUUCCUGCGCCUCAACGGGAACCCCUGGGACUGCGGCUGCCGGGCUCGCUCGCUGUGGGAAUGGCUGCGGAGGUUCCGUGGCUCCAGCUCCGCCGUCCCCUGCAUGUCCCCCGAGGUGUGGCACGGCCAGGACCUGAAGCUGCUGCAGGCCGAGGACUUCCGGAACUGCACAGGGCCGGCGUCCCCGCACCAGAUCAAGUCGCACACGCUCACCACCACAGACAGGGCCUCCCGCAAGGAGCACCACCCGCCCCACGGCCCUGCCAGGGACAAGGGACACCCACACGGCCAUCUGCCUGGCUCCCGGCCGGGCUACAGGAAGCCAGGCAAGAACUGCACUAGUUACAAGAAUCGCAACCAGAUCACCAAGGCGGGCUCCGGAAAGCAGGCCCAUGAGCUGCAGGACUACGCCCCUGACUACCAGCACAAGUUCAGCUUUGACAUGCUGCCCACAACACGGCCCAAGAGGAAGGGCAAGUGUGCCCGCAGGACCCCCAUACGGGCCCCAAGCGGGGUACAACAGGCUUCCUCGGGCAACUCCCUGGGGGCCUCGCUGCUGGCCUGGAUACUGGGGCUGGCUGUCACUCUCCGCUGAGUACUCUGCGCCAGCACCCAGCACUGCCACCUGUCCACCAAGGAACAGAAUUUCUUCUUUUCUUAUUUUUACAAACGGAGGAUCUGCUGGGUUUCAGGAAAAGGCUGGUAGAGGCUUUGGCCGCUGUCUGCGCCCUGCCCGGUGGAUUAUAAACCCAAAGUGUACAGCCCCAGGCGGGAGGACACCGGCGCACAUCACCCAGCUGUCCCAGCCAGCCCCCGCCAAGCACCCACGGACAGCGUCCACUCCAGUAAGGCAGGAAAAGGUAUGCGGAGUUCAUCCUUCAUUCACAGCGAUGGGACAAUGUCCCCUCCGCCCCCACAGGAGCAGAAUCCUGAUCAUUUUGGGGGGGUCUGAAGGGCCCCUGCCAUUCCUGAAGGAAGCAGGAGUCAGAGAACAAACAAGGCUCACCCACCAGGCUGGGUCGACCAGAAGUCUGGUGCACAUGAGUGGGGACUGGGGAGGGAAGGGUGGCAGCUUGACUCUUGCCUGACGUCACUUAAACAACCUUCCCAAAUCCAACCAUAAGCCACCUUCAACCCCUCCCUGGGGAGUUAACGCCUCUCAUUCCUGAUGUCUCAGGCAACCCUGGCAGACCCAGGCCCAACUGCUGGGGUCCAAGAACCACUUACCAAAGGAAAGGUCAUCGGAGGCUGAAACUUAGAACGUCAUCAUGUGCAAUGAGGUUCCCACAGAAGGUGUGAUUUUAUAACUAUGUCCACUUAUAUAUAUAUACACACAGUCUCCACAUAUAUAUAUACAAAUGCGCAGGUUCUCCUGCGUCCACUCCAUUACCAAGCUGUAUGUCUUUUCAUGUUUAUAAACUAUAUGGAAAACUGUAUCUGCUGAACUAAGGAUUGUAUUGGUGAUUUCUAGCAAGAAACAAGUUAUAGAAUUUUUGUCUAGAACCCCAACCUGGCAACAAUAGUCCCCAGACCCACCCAGGCUUGCCUGGAGCCUGGGGCCGGGUGUGAGUAGGGAGGGUUUGGGAGAAGGGGAGACAGCAGGAGUCACUUCAGGGGACCAAUAUUCUUAGAUACUUAGAGCACCACCUUGUUUUUAUGCAACAGGAGCCUGUCUGUCGCCCUGGAGCACCCAUCACCCCUACUACAUUAAGUGUUGGUGUCAGCGUGAGACGAAAGAAGCAGCUUGUUGGAUGCACGAGUGCCAGGCCCUAGGGAUGGGCUGGACUGAGGAGGGGCAGAAAGGGGGCACUUGGUUUUUUAAGCCGGCAGGCGAGGCAGCAUCCCACAGUGUUAGUCCAAUGGGUUGGACGGUGACGUCAGCCUAGCGUUUUGCCAGCGACCGUCUGGACAGGCCGGGGAGACCGUGGGCAGAAGUCCAGGCUUCCAGCUCGGCUCAACUGCUGAAUUCUUCCUUGCGGCUCUGUGACGGAUGCCCCAGCCAGGGCCGUGUGUAGGAUGGCAGGAAGGACAGCAUCAGGUGGCCUUAGCAGAACAGGAAUGACGAGGGCAUUUCCAGAACCAUCUCAGGCACUUCUGCAUUCCAGAGGCCCCGGCCCUCCUGGUCCUCCUGAGGAUGUCCAGGGAUGGGCAGAGGUCAGGGGGCCAGACUCAGGGGUCAGGUGCAGGCACAGGCAGGGACUGAAGCAGGCAAACCCAGGCCGGGGAGAGAAGCUUUGGGCACACACAGUUGGCCACGGUGCAGACCAGGGACUCCGGCGGGCACAGUCUCCUUUGCGAUUGCACAAACCCAGAGAGGAUGUGUUUGAGGAGCAAGGAGCACUGAAUCCAAUUAAGA